AUGGCUAUCAAAUUAACCGUCACCUGCUCCGGCUACAUCGCCCAGAGUGUUGCCUACCCCGCCACAUCCAAAUGCUCUGCCUCACGCUUCUUCCACGUCGACACCCGCUCCCGCCUCUUCCACCACCCUCCGAGUCAAAAACUCGAUUCCAAUUACUCCGAUUUCCUCCCUAAAUCCAAGUCAAAGCCCAUAAGUACAGCCUCAUCUUUCUCCCUCACUUCGACGUUGGCCCGGGAAAUCGUGGGUGAAAGUACGAAAUCGCCACUUGUUGUGGGAUUAAACUCUUUGAUGAAGCAGUCAACGGGUGUACCCAACGUGGGUGUUUUUGGGAUUUCGCCAUUCAAGGCUUCUUCGAUCAUUCCGUUUCUUCAGGGUUCCAAGUCGCUGCUGUGCAACGAGCUGGAGAGUACGGAGGUGGAUAAAGGUGGGACUCAGUGUAUUAGUAGUUGCAGCGAAGGCGUGAUUGAAAACAGCAGUGCUAAUAAGUGUUCAGAGGCUUUUGUAGUGGCCAAGAGUGGUGGUAGUAGUUUGAAGGUUUUGCUGCCCAAUAGUAGGAACAGACACAGUUGGCUUUCGAAGUUGAUGGAUCUCUGCUUCUGCUCGGAGGAUGCCAAGGCGGCUUUCACUGCAUUCUCUGUUAGUGUACUGUUCAAAUCUUCAUUGGCUGAGCCGAAGUAUAUUCCUACCACUUCUAUGUACCCAACUCUUAAUGUGGGCGAUCGCAUUCUAGCUGAGAAGGUUUCUUACAUUUUCAAGAAUCCCGAAGUCUCCGACAUUGUUAUUUUUAAGGUGCCCCCCAUUCUUCAGGAUAUUGGUUUUAGUUCGAGUGACAUUUUCAUCAAAAGAAUUGUAGCAACAGCUGGGGACUAUGUAGAAGUUCAUGGUGGAAAAUUGUUGGUGAAUGAUAUUGCUCAAGAUGAGGAUUUCAUCUUGGAACCACUUGCUUAUGAAAUGGAUCCAGUGCUUGUACCUGAAGGCUAUGUGUUCGUGAUGGGAGAUAACCGUAAUAACAGUUUCGACUCUCAUAACUGGGGUCCAUUACCCAUCAAAAACAUCGUUGGUAGGUUCUUGAUUCUCUCUCUGUCCCUCAGUGCUUAUUCAAGCUCUUUUCCUUGGCUAAAGUGUCCAAGAAUGGAUCAUCUCAUCCAUCCCUGUAAGGAUUAUUGCCAGUAG